UCCUCCGGUUCUCCAUCUCAAGAGGCACAAACAAGAGCAAGCUCAGUGCCCAACAGCCCCUCGCCGGACUCUCUCCCACAGAGAAGAACUCGGCCCCAAGCCCCGGAGACCCGCGCAGGCCGCCUCCGGAGGAGCCCCCGCAGACGCCAUACUAAAAGCCAAAAUGGCUGCCCCAAGGAAGCCCGCACCGCGCAGCUACUGAGGGCUGGGUAACAAGCGUCUGCGGGAAGGGGGGAGGGGGGCUAGAGGAAGAGCCGUCGCCAGGACCAUCGCCCCCCCGAGCCGCACAGUUUUCACUGGAAAUCAGAUGUCCAACAAGAAUUGACAAAACCUAAUUUAAGAAAUACAGAGUUGAGACUUCCCUGGUGUUCAGUGGGUUCUGGUUACAGCUACCCCUCGCCAUAACUUUUGAACUAUAUUUGGAAAAAUACUGGCCAGGAAAAAAAAUGAUAAAAUUUUUCCUCAUGGUGAAUAAACAAGGGCAGACCCGACUUUCUAAGUACUAUGAACAUGUGGAGAUUAAUAAGCGUACGCUUCUGGAAACAGAAGUCAUAAAGAGCUGUCUCUCUCGAUCCAGUGAACAAUGCUCUUUCAUUGAAUAUAAGGAUUUUAAGCUGAUAUAUCGGCAGUAUGCAGCUCUCUUCAUUGUGGUCGGAGUUAAUGACACUGAGAAUGAGAUGGCAAUUUAUGAAUUCAUCCAUAACUUCGUGGAAGUUUUAGACGACUACUUCAGCCGAGUGAGUGAAUUAGAUAUAAUGUUUAAUUUGGAUAAAGUACACAUCAUUUUGGAUGAGAUGGUGUUAAAUGGCUGCAUUGUGGAAACGAAUCGGGCAAGAAUUCUUGCCCCUCUACUAAUUCUUGAUAAGAUGUCAGACAGCUGAAAACAGAAAGGCUCUGCCACACAACAUCGACUUAUAGGAAAUGAGGACACCAUGGAAUACCUCUCAACAUCACUAGCCCAAAAGAAUCUGGAAGACCAAACACUACAAAAUGGGCUGUCCUUCCAAAGACAUUUUAAAUAGGUGUUUUCCACAGUUCCUAAACGGAAAACAAAACUGUAUUUUAAAACAUGAUGCACAAAGAAAAUUUUUCUCUAAACGGAGAGACAAGUUUUAUUUUCUGACCAUAAGCAUUUUUUUCCUCACUUGUUUGUUUAGAUUUUGUGGAGUACUGAGGGAAACUCUUUUGGUUUCUGCUUCCCUUUGCAAAGGGAUAAAUUCAGGAAUAGCAUCAUGGGGUGGGAAGAAAAUGUGGCACCUCUCUAUUGGCCAAUAAACUUUUAAAAUUGACUUGAACACGCACAGCACUUUGAAUAAUACUGUUUUCUGAAUGCUUUUUCCUU